GAGACAGAAGAGCGUUUCAUUUCAUCCAUCCGAAGGUAAAGGGAAGGACGUCGUGGUUUCGCAUAGCUAUGAUGUCCACAAAUAACAGAAACUACCAACUCUAGGUGUCCUGUUUGGCUGCACUUCAUUUCAGCCUCAGAUGGCAAAGAGAUUGGGCGCUCAGCUCUUCGUUAGCAGGUUGUCAUUUUUCACAACCCAUCAAGAGCUUAAAACUUUAUUUUCGCCAUUUGGUGUUGUUAAAGAAGCUAACCUCAUCAGAGACCCCAAGACUCAAAGGCCUAAAGGGUUUGGUUUUGUUACAUAUGAAACUGAGAUGGAGGCACAGAAGGCAUUAAAAGCCAUGAAUGGCAGGAUUGUCCGCGGAAGGCUGAUAUUUGUUGAAUUCGCAAAUGGUACAAGUCCAAAGAAUGAUACAAACAGCUGAAAAUGGAGGUGAGACAUGGUACAAUAAUGCUUGUUUCAAAAUCUUUUCAUUUACCAACAUUUUGUAAGGUAGGUUCCAGUAGUAUCAUGUGCUUAGAGAACUCAAAAGCCAUAACAGUAUUUGUAGAAUGCAACUCUGCAGUGAUGAGUAAAGUAUGAAAACAUUGUGAUUGUUAUGAUUAUUUGAAGAAAAUGAAACAAUGGUCUACCAUUUUGGAU